AUGCGGGAUAGAGCUCGUAUACCAUUGCUGGCAAGGUCCGUCAAGGAUAGAGUUACUUUAUUCUCGGGUGGAGCUGACCCUUGGGCUGCUCGUAGUUGGUUGAGGAAAUUAGAAAGAACUUUCGGGUACAUGAGCUAUACAUAUGAAGAUAAGGUGGAAUUGGCUGCGUAUCACCUCCGAGAUCGGGCGGUCACAUGGUGUGAUAUGCAGAAGAUGAUCUUCGGGGAGCAACAUAUCACAUGGAUGAUGUUUCGUGAUGCCUUCGAGAGACAGUACUUUCCUGCUACUUUUUGUCUUGCUCGCCGCCAGGAGUUUCUAAAUCUCAAGCAGGGCGAUCGUUCAGUUUUGGAGUACAAUGCAGAGUUCAUUAGGUUGCGGGAAUUUUGUCCUUAG